AUACCCGUAAUCCUCGUAUCUGUUAAAAUGCUACAAACACGAAGGAAAGAAUCAAAACGUUGAGAAAAUGGGUAGUCCUAUAUUUCCUGUAAAAGAAAAGAUAAAUGAACAGUCCCAUACUACCAAGCAGUUAAAAGAGGAAAAGAUAUUUUGGCCAACUCAACUCAACUCAACUCAACUGCGAAGAUCGGCUUCACUGGCAACUAGUUGCAUCCUUUUUCCAGGCUUAGCGGCAGGUUUCAUCAAUUCAAAGCUGAUUCAUGUUUUUUUCCCCUAAUAAUUAGAUUCCGGUCCUCAGCUCUCUCUCCGUGUCUCAAAAUAUCAGUCAUCCCCAGCCCCUGGUGAUAAGUGAUAAAGCAUGGCACCAUCAAUGUCAAUGCCCCUUUCCUUCUCUUCUUCUCUGCUUUCCUCUCCUCUCCCACGCCCACGUCCAGAAUCCGACUCCAAGAACAAGAGCAAGCCCAAUCCUCCGCUUUUUCCAUGUGCAGUCGCUGCUGUUCCGUCUUCUGUUUCUGACAAGAAGAGGCAGAGGCACUGGAAGGAAGGAGAAUACCCUGGCCUAUCAGUAUCACACACUUUUACGCCUGGGUCUUCCAAGAAAACCCCCCUCAAGAAUCUCAAGAAGAAACUCGACCGCAAGAACAACGCCAAAGCCUGGGUCUGCACCGUCACGGAAACCUUGUCCGACUGCAUCCUCAAGAAGCAGUGGCUUCAAGCUCUCCAGGUGUUUGAGAUGCUAAGAGAUCAACCCUUUUACCAACCAAAAGAAGGCACCUAUAUGAAACUACUUGUUCUUCUUGGAAAAUCCGGACAACCCCACCGUGCCCGUCAGCUUUUUCACGAUAUGGUUCAAGAAGGAUGUGAACCUACUCCCGAGCUUUUCACAGCAUUACUCGCAGCUUAUUGUCGAAACAAUCUCAUUGACGAUGCCUUUGCAACUCUUAACCAAAUGAAAACCCUCCCUUGUUGCCAGCCUGAUGUUUUUACGUACAGUACCUUAAUUAAGGCUUGUGUUGAUGCCUCGCGGUUUGACUUAGUUGAAUCACUGUAUGGGGAAAUGGAGGAGCGGUUGAUAACUCCAAAUACAGUUACCCAGAACAUAGUGUUAAGUGGAUAUGGCAAGGCGGGGAAAUUUGAGCAGAUGGAGAAAGUGCUAUCUGGCAUGUUGGAGAGCUCUGCAAGCAAACCUGAUGUAUGGACAAUGAACAUCAUCCUCAGUGUGUUUGGUAACAAAGGUCAGAUUGAUAUGAUGGAGAGAUGGUAUGAGAAAUUCCGUAAUUUUGGAAUUGAGCCAGAAACACGCACUUUCAAUAUCUUGAUUGGUGCUUAUGGGAAGAAAAGAAUGUAUGAUAAAAUGUCAUCUGUGAUGGAAUACAUGCGUAAGCUUCAAUUUCCGUGGACAACCUCUACUUACAACAAUGUCAUUGAGGCAUUUGCUGAUGUGGGGGACGCAAAACACAUGGAAUACACAUUUGAUCAAAUGCGGGCUGAAGGGAUGAAAGCAGACACCAAGACCUUUUGCUGCCUUAUCAAUGGAUAUGCCAAUGCUGGUCUCUUUCAUAAAGUUAUUAGCAGCGUACAGUUGGCAGCCAAGCUUGAGAUACCUGAAAAUACCUCAUUUUAUAAUGCUGUGUUAUCUGCAUGUGCAAAGGCAGAGGAUUUAAUGGAGAUGGAGGGAGUUUUUAAACGGAUGAAAGAUAAGCAAUGCCAACCAAAUUCAAUGACCUUCUCCAUCAUGGUGGAGGCAUAUAGAAAGGAAGGUAUGAAUGACAAGAUCUAUGAUUUGGAGCAACUAAAACAGGAGUUUCUUAAUAAUGGUUCUCUACCUGAGUAGUCCACUGUAAGGAAACCAAUAACAGUGCAACUGCUUCUGCUGUAUUUCUCCCAUGACUAAAUCGGAGAAGCAUGACUUUUUCUUUAACGUGACUGUGGUCUUCCUGAAUUGAGUCACUAAUUGAUCAGCUUCUGCAUUGGCCUUGUACAAUGGGUGGCUGAUUACUGCUUCUCCUCUUAGAUCUUUUGUGACGGAAACCUUUUGGGGUUCAUCGAUGUUUUGAUGGAAGCCGUGUGGGCAUCUGUAUUUUUAUGUACAAAGUUGUCAUAAUUAGAGGUAACCGUUGGCCAUCUACACCGUGGGGGUAGUUCAGUUCCUUGCAAAUGCCAGGGUUGACUUUUGCUAAACCGCAAAGAUGUAAUGUUCCUUGUUUUUGUUGACUGCCAUGUGGUGGGGAAAGAAUCUGGUCUUUUAAAUAUAGCACAUUAGAUUAGACACAAUUCUCUUUACGGGUUUGAGUCAGCUAUUGUAUUCCUUCUCCAGUUUGCCAGUUUGUCCGAAUAUCUUCUGAAUAGUACCAUAUUCUUUGAAUUGCCAGAAUAGAUGUCCUGUAACUAUUGUUAAAAUACUAUCUAAUGAUAAUGUCUCUGGGACGGACUUGAGGCUGCCUUUGGCCUUUGGUAUUC